GGUUUCGUCAACAGAUGGCGCAACACUCGCAUGGUUACUUGGCAACGAGCUGCGUUUGUUUUCACAACCUGUCACAACCUCAAAUGUUCUGCCAAAGUGCCUGACAUCGGUCGAGACAGCAAAACGAAGAAAUGGAAAGCAAAGAUGCGGAUAAUGCAACCACGUCUCCGCAAUCGGAACAUCAGUCCGAGGACGAGGCAGAAGGUGGAGAGUAUGAAGGCGAGAGAAAAUCCGACGCAAAUUUCGGUGGGCUGGAGGGUUCGGAGCAAGCACAGGCGGCUGCACUGCCAACUUACCAAAUUCGACCACCACUUUCUGAGAAAUUCAAACCUAUGAGCGCAAAAGAAGUUAUACACAAUGUACUUUCCGAUCAACUCUCUACGAGAGUUUAUGAUCCGAAAGAGGCGCGCAAAUGGUGUAAAGAAAUUGCUGAUACCAUUAGAGACAAAGUUAAAGAUUUGAAAUUUAAGCGAUAUAAGUAUAUAGUCAAUGUCGUAAUGGGAGAGCAUCGUGGUGCUGGCGUUAAAAUGGGCACCAGGUGCAUAUGGGAUGCCGAAGCUGAUAGCUAUGCCCACGACAAUUUUUUGAAUGAGUCUAUAUUCUGUGUCGCAGCAGUUUACGCUGUGUAUUAUUACUGAAGUUUUUGCAAGUGGUUCAUACUUGGAAGUUUCGAUUAUGGAUGAAAUGAGAUUGUGUGGGUGACGUAUAAUUCUUAGACCCUGAGCAUAUACCUAGAGGUACGUCACUAUUAAGUUCUACGAUUAUGGGCGCUGCAUGAUCUUAUCGGUUUCAUAUCAAGAUACUUACUUAUUGUAGGGUUUUUAUAUCCUUUUCUAUUUUAAAUCAUACAUCUGUGUGAAAUAGCCAAAAAGUACAAAUUGCGCGUAUUAUUUACAUUUUAAAUAUGACAUUAUCUAUCUAGAAUGGUUCCAUUCGUCAUUAUUUUUCUCAGCAUUGCUAGUCUUGCUUCCUCACAUGUCACAUAUAACGAAAAUGAGCUUUUCAGUUUGGAUGCCUUAAUUGGUGACAAGUUGAACAAAUUUUAAACAGGGUAAAAAACUAAGUUGAGUGUAAUUAGAAUCGUAGUCGUGCAUCGAGGUUCAAUUAUUAUUAAACCUGUAUUAAAUGUGUCGCGGGAAAAUGAUGCUAGCUCAGAAUGAUGUAAGUAACAUUUUAAAACAUGAAGAAUUGAGACUUUUUCUUUCGCGCUUUCUCAUCUCCGCACCAUUUAUUUUACUUGGAUUGUACUUGGAGGAAAAACGCUAUCCACAAAACACUUGCAGUUGUAAAAAUUUGGUCGACCAUUUAUGUUUUUAUAUUUACUAUUUUACUGUACCGAGGCUAAGGGUGUAAGUCUUUUUGAUCCAAGAUUUGCAUUGUUGUUAGGAGUGUGGAGAAUGCCGAUAUUCUCAAGAAUAACGUUAUGACGAGAAUUUAAGACAAUGCAUCAUAUAUUUGCGUAUUUUGUUGCUGGUAAAAAUUCCUGAUAUUUUCUGUUGAUAUUCUACGAGAUUCACCUCUCAGUCGGUCAUUUAUAAUAGGUACUUUGGAAUAUUUACGUUGAAAAAGCGAAAAUAUAAGUAGUGAUUAGAAAUAGCAGUCAGUUUAUUGAUACAUGUGUGCGUGUGUGUGUAUGUAUAUAUGUAUAUAUUAGAUUAUAUUACGUUAAAGUAUUCAUACAUGCUCACGCUAGUUAUGGCAUUGCGCAAUAUAUGUGGUUUCUUCUGUUUCUUUUUACAAACAUACCUGCGACUAUUAAGCCGGUCAAUUAUGUUUCCGGAUAUACGUACAUAUAUGUAUAUAUACAUAUAUACACACACACACACACACAUAUAUAUAUAUAUAUAUAUAUAUAUAUUAUUUCGCUUAUAUACGAUUACAACCAUUAAAAUUAUUAUAGCACCAUAAUUCACGGCUCUUUAAUACCAUGAUAAUACGUGUAUCCUUUUUGAUUUUUUAUGCAAUAUUUACCUCAUUGCUUGAUCUUCUUUUUUUUAAUUUUUGUGAAAAACGGUCAAGUAAGGUAAAUAAAAUAAUGGUAUAGUCAAUUUGCGUUUUCUUAAAGACUACGGACUCGUUGUUAAUUAAUUAGUAAAUAAAAUAAUACAAAAUAUAUAUUGGUAAUCAAUAAUUAUAGUAAUUAUAUGUAUAAUUUUCCUAACACGCGAUUGACGCGUGGUUUUGAAUGUAAAAACAAUUCGUUACAGAAUUCGGAUCAGAUCUGCAAGUGUAUAUUCAUUGUGUGUGUAUAUACGUAUAUUUAUGUGUAACAGUGUAAGUAAGUGGUUUUUGCACGUUUCGAGAAAAUGAUAUUAGAACGGGUACUCGUGUAUCUUGCUUGCGAAACUGCCAGUUUAGAUACUAGUUAAUGAGUAUUUUAAAUAAUAUUAUAUUACAUACAAAGUUUAAAACAACUGGGAAUCACUUAAAAUAUUUCAUAAAAUUAAAUUGAAAAAAACAAUGGAGAGAAAGGUGUUACGUAUCGUAAUCUCAAACUUAAAUAAAAUAAAUCGGUUAAUGUUCACACUUUGUAUGUGUACAUAUUUGUAUUAACGUCGGGUUUUGCUUGAACUUUUUGGACGAAGAAAUCAAAGUAAUUAUGAA